AUGUCUGAGCAUGGUAGACCCAGCGGACGAGGCAGGGGAACUCGCGGUCGUGGUCGUGGCCAUGGCCGUGGCUACGGUCGUGGAGGCAACACACCCGAAAGACAACAUGUACGCGAGACUCCUCCCACAAGAAUCAAAGAGACAGAAGAACAGCUUCAGGCGCGAAAUUCAUACAACUCAUGGAAGCGGUUGUUCGCCCAACCAGUCGAUAACCCCAGUGUAAGGCGACAGCUCUGGGAAGGCGCGCUCAGCAUAUUGGAGGCAGGAGAUCGAGACUGGCGCCAAAGACUCCCUCAAGGUCUUAAUGACGACGAUGGCAUUGGACAUCGUCACAUCCUUGCCCUAAUCAGUGCCAAUACUAGUGGUACUGACUACGAGACCUUCAUCAGCAAUGCUCGCAACUUCCUUCUUACAAUCACACAUUCAUCCAUCCUGCGCUGUCUCGCUGUUGAUACCCAUGUCGGGCUCAUCUACAACCUCUUUGGAGGAGUUGGUGGAAAGAGGGCUGUUUCCUUUCUUCGACGCCUUAUUAGGGCCAUAUUAGCAACUUCUGCUACAGGGGCGACCGGGAACUCAACAGAGGACGCAAAAGCAACACUUCUUGCCAUGUCUGUUGCUCUAUUUGAGCUUCUCAGGCGUGAAUCUAGGGUGCGCUUCAAUGAUGAGAUCCCUUCACUUAUCGAAUCCAUACAGAAUGCCACAAGAGUCUCCAAAGAUGAUGCCUCUUCAGAGCCGUUGGCACGCACCUUCAAUAAGCUAAACGACAUUCGAGCCUUGUUGGCACGCGCUCAAGGUCUUCUUGCUGACACGAGCAUGGACGAAGAUAAUGCAGUCGAUGAUUACAACAACGCAUCCUCCUACCCGCGCGACCUGAUCAUGCCCUCCGGCCGUUUCGAUAAUGACAAGAAAGACAUCGCUGACAUAGUCCUGUUCCCUACUCGAGGUGAGAUUAUGAGCGACGCAGAAGAAUUUCUUCCCUAUACCGACCCUGACCAGCCUCAUUUCCUCGACGAUCCUGUACAGCGCCACAUCGAUACCUUCUUCAGGUUGUUACGCCACGAUAUCUUUGGUGAGUUGAAGGGAGCUCUUGCAGGGGUAAUGCAUACAGUAGCUCAGGAGCCUACUGCGCUAUGGAAUGCAAAACUGAGCCUAGGGGACAUGCGUGCUUAUCAUUACAUCAAUGCUCGGAUCAGUUAUGUCACUUUGGAGGCCAGAAAGGGUCUACAAGCACAGGUUGAGUUCGUUCAACCAGGCGCAGUUCGCAAGAAGUCAAGUGCAGAAAAAGAGAGGUGGUGGGAGGAAUCGCGAAGGUUCAAUGAAGGAACACUGCUAUCCUUCAUAUGGAUCGAUAAUUCUGUCACUCAGCACAUUUUCCUUACAGUUUCGGGAAAGACCACAGAUCCCGCAAAAGAAUACGGUCUGAGUCAUGGCAAAGAAAUGGCGUAUAUUACUGCAAGUUUGGCAACCCACGAUAGGACCACCGUGAGGAGUCUCAUGCAAGCACAUACUGGGGCGGCUCGUGGCUUGCUGUUGGAAUUUCCCAACGUGAUACCUGCCACGUUUUCACCCAUUCUAGAGAAUUUGAAGGAGAUGCACCGCUUGAAUCGUCUCCCGUUCCAGCAGUGGAUCGUGCCUCGCAGACACGAAGGGCCACCAGGGAAAAGGGUGAUGCAUCAAAUUCCCCCGCCUCUAUACACACGUACUCCAGGUUUUAAAUUCUCUUUGUCACCUCUGCUAAAGGACAGAAGCAAGGGGGGCCGACUGCUCAUGGAUCCUACGUCCUCAUGCGAUGAUGAAGUGUUACUCAAAAAGCUUGGAACUGCGACUGAUCUCGACCGUGGACAAUGCCAGGCCUUGAUUGCAGCGCUGACUCGUGAAUAUGCAUUCGUCCAAGGUCCUCCUGGGACUGGAAAGAGCUAUCUCGGUCUCCAAAUCAUGAAGGUUCUCUUGGGUCUUAGCAAAGAGGCCAAUUUGGGGCCCAUCAUGAUAGUGUGCUACACCAACCAUGCAUUGGACCAAUUCCUAGAGCAUCUGCUUGAUAUAGGUGUAACAAAGCUCAUCCGCGUUGGAGCAAUGAGCAAGUCCAAGAGGUUGGAAGGCCACAACCUCCGCUUUGUGAGCGACCUGGCAACGAAGACGAAGUCAGAAAAGUACAUGGCGGCUGUGAACUACAACCAGCUUGAGAAGACGCAGAGAGAAGCCACAUCAACAUUUGCUUCGCUGAAAAGUAUGCGAAGGCAUCCUGAAUGGAAAGUUUUGAAGAACCACAUUUCUGAAGAAUACCCAAACAUACAUAGCCAAUUCCGCCACAUCGAUGCUCAAGGGUUUGAACUAGCUGGCCGUCAUCCAUUCGAUGUUUGGGCAUCGGACAUCCAGGCAUAUUGCACUCGACAGUCCGCGGCAUUGCUAAAACAAAUUGUGCAGAAAGCAAACACGAAUGUAUAUUCGCUGACGACUCAGGAGCGAGGCGCUUUAGUUGCGCAUUGGAUUGAGGGAGCUCGAAGCAACAAGAUAGACGAGCUCUAUGAGAUGAUCAAUGAUGCUGCGAAAACUCAAAAGGAGCUGACAAACGUACAUGAAGAACGAAAUCGACGAGUACUGGAAGAAGCGCAGGUCAUCGGUGUGACGACAACUGGCCUUGCGAAACGAAUUGCUGUCCUCCAGCAGGUAAAGUGCAAGGUUAUCAUCUGCGAAGAAGCUGGAGAGGUCAUGGAAAGCCAUAUGAUCUCCGCAUUACUCCCGGAUGUUGAACACGUGAUCCAGAUUGGAGAUCAUGAGCAGCUUCGACCUUCAGUGAGUAACUUCCGCGAUCUAUCACUCGAAAGUGAGCGAGGAAAGCUUCACCAGCUCGACAGAAGCCAGUUCGAACGGCUCUGUGUUGGUGAGCCGGGACGUCCUUUAAUGCCCGUUGCUCAACUCAAUGUUCAACGCCGAAUGCGUCCACAGAUAUCUUCGUUGAUACGUGAGACCAUCUACGGGAAACUCCAAGAUCAUCCUUCCACAACCGAUCUACCUGAUGUAGUUGGUAUGCGUCAGAAUGUUUUCUGGCUCGACCACAAAAACUUUGAGAACCAGAAGGAUGCAAAUGUCCAUAUCAACAAUUCCAAAUCGAACUCAUGGGAAGUUGGAAUGGUGCAUGCACUAGUGCGACACAUUGUUCGCCAAGGAGUGUACAAAUCCGAAGACAUUGCGGUAUUGACGCCAUAUACUGGCCAACUUCAAAAGUUGCGAGCCACUAUGAGGAGCGAUUUUGAGAUCUGCCUUAGUGACCGCGACAGGGAAGCAUUGGAAAACGACGGUUUCACGGUCGAUGACGUGACAUCUCGGGUACCAGCUCCAUCCCAACUUCGAUCAUACCAAGGCAAGCCCUUGGAGAAGAAACAGCUAUCCGAAAUGUUGAGAAUCGCUACUGUCGACAACUUCCAGGGAGAAGAAGCAAAGAUCGUCAUCGUGUCACUCGUACGGAGCAAUGAGGCACAGAAAGUUGGCUUCCUCAAAACAACCAACCGUAUUAAUGUGCUCCUUAGUCGUGCACAACACGGCAUGUAUCUCAUCGGCAACACAGAAACCUACCUUAGCGUUGAAAUGUGGCGAAAAGUCAUCAACAUGCUUAGAGCUUCUGCCUGCGUUGUCAUCCUUGCCCAGGAACUUGUGGUCAAUGUAAUACUAAGGAUGCUAGUAAUAAGCCAUCUAUCAAGCAUUCCACUUGUCGGAAGACUUGUGGCAGGAAGCAUGGAACUUGUAGUCACAACUGCAAACGUCUAUGUCAUGAUGGAACUGACUGUGGGUUAUGUCAAAGCCCAUGCGAAGUCCGUUGCAAGCAUACUAGAUGUGCAAAGAAGUGUCACGAGCCCUGUGAUCCAUGCAUUGAGCCUUGUGAAUGGUUCUGCGAACAUCGAGGAAGCUGCAAAAUGCCAUGUUCAGCACCAUGCGAUCGCUUACCCUGCGAUGAACGUUGCACAAAACUUCUACGAUGCGGUCAUCAAUCAAUGUGGAAUGAAAUCCGAAGAACUUCCAGACAUGAUCAUGAUGUCACGUUACGCUGAUAUCGAUCUCAAUGAAUCACCCAUCGUUGUCCUUGGCUGCGGCCACUUCUUCACAACCGAGACUCUGGAUGGCCAUAUAGGUCUCAAGGACGUAUACGAGGUCGACAAGAAAACAGGCCGAUUCAUAGGUCUGAUCGAGAAUUCCGAGCUUUCAGCAGCGAUCCCACAAUGUCCAAACUGCAGAGAACCUGUCAAACAGUUCGUGACACAGCGCUACAACCGCCUCAUCAACCGAGCUGUCAUUGACGAGAUUUCCAAACGUUUUAUCGUCAGCGGACAACAGACACUUCAGAUGCUGGAAGACAGGCUAAGUGUUGAGCGGACUAAUCUCGAAAUCUCACGCACUGCUGUUGUUGGAACAUCUCGUGAUUUGGGCACCGACCAGGCUGUCAACGAAAUGAAGAUGAAACAAAUCAAUGGCAGCCUUCGAACCAGGCAUUCCAGCACGGUGAUGCUGGUGGAAGAUGUAAGAUUGUUCCGCCAAAGAGUAGAUGUUCAGCACAAACCAACGUACAAACUGUACCAAGCAAUCAUGUACAGCUACAAGAAGAAUGCUUCCCUCGACGACGAGUUUGCUCAGUUAUCUCUCGGUUCAUCUUCCAAGUAUCUGCAGUGCGACCGUGAUCAGCGUAUCGCGCUGGGUGGCCGCCUCCUCGAAAUCAAAGUGCAAUGUUUGCUACUUGAGGACAAGUUUGAAAUCGCACGAGUGGUACGCAAAAGGUUUGGUGGAACAAUCCUACUCAACUUCAGUGGAAGCUCGCCCGCAAAGAAUACCCAUUCCUUCCUGGAAGCAUGCGAGAAACUGAUCAGCGACUGCAUCUCUGGAUGCCUCCCCAAGCUCGCUGUUGAGACCUCUUUAUACUACGCUUGCAUUGCACAACUGUUUGGCAGCUCUGGAAUGGUCAAAGACACCGGUCGCACUCGAGCAACCAACUACCGGAACACUGCUAAACGCCUUCUGGAGCAAGCAGAAACGCUCUGUCAGCAUUCCUUCCGCGACCGAGACAUCCUUCGAAAAGCCGUGCUCAGCUCAGCAGAGAUGAUGAAUAGGGAAUUCUACGAGGAAGUUUCAAAGGACGAAAUCGAAGCUAUUAAACAGGCAAUGGUCAGUGGACCUGGAGGUAUCGCAACGCACUCUGGACAUUGGUACAACUGUGUCAAUGGACACCCAUUUGCUAUUGGCGAGUGCGGCAUGCCCAUGCAACUCGCACGCUGUCCGGAAUGCGGCGAGCCUGUCGGCGGCCAGCACCACACUGCUGUCAGGGGAGUUUCGCGCGCGGUGGAGAUGGAGUAA